GGGGUAUCAUUGCAUAUCGCCGCCACGGAGCCAAACGGGACAGUGCCAUGAGGACUUUCCCUAAAAGCAGAACUUGUGAGGUUUACAGUGUCUCGGGAUAUGGACAUUGUUCUGCUGUUGGUUCACCUGCACAGGGGGUCAUUACAGAGCCCACCCAGUCACUUAGCCCCCCCACGGAGUCCAAGGCUCAGAGCGACUGGAAGGACCAGCGGGACAAGGGAGGCCAGGAGGACCAGGGAGGCAGAGGACCUGUCUGUUUGGGAAGGAGGAGGUGGGCUCUGGGGGUCCUACCCCUCCUGCCCUUCACUGCCGCCAUUGCACUGAGUCUCCAUUUCUUUACAUCUCCACCCCCUUCCGUGUUCUACCUUGGUGGCAGCGUGGAGUUUCCCAACAUUAGCUUCUCAUUGGACCUGACUGACCCCGCCUCUCCACAGUUCCGCCUUCAGGCUCAGGCUCUAAGCAUUUAUUUCUCAGAGCUGUAUGAGUCCUCUCCCUGGAGCGCCUACUACCUACGCUCAGGAAUUACUGCCUUCAGUGAAGGAGCAGAUGGACUGAACGUGUUCUACUGGAGUAAGUUCUCGGGCCCUGGGGGCGUUGCCAUGGAGAUCCAGCGGUGGAGUACAAAGCGUGUACAGCGCCGUCUCCCUGGCAUCAAUAAGCUGCUGUACAGCCAGAACGAGGAGCGCUAUUACAUGGAGAGAGACGACGAAUCACUCAACCUGCUGGGUUUAGACAAUGACUAUGAUUCAGAUGACAAGGCAGCUAAAAUCAAGAACCCCAACUCCCUGCAGAACUCUCUACAGAGUGGCAAGUGGCAGCUGGGAUUCCAAGCAAUGUCCUUUGACCUCUAUGCGAAGUACGGUAACAACCGUACCCUGAGCUUGGUGAGUCCCAAGAAGCCAUACUACCAGUGGCGCCUUCGUGUCCCGUCAGGUCAUGUGGUGCGUCUGGUUGUCCUCACCCUGCACGGAGCCACACCCGGAAGCUGCUCCUCCCACAAACUGUCUGCCUACGACUUCCUGUUGCCACUACAGAACAAGAUCAUCGCCAGGUGGUGUGGUCUCCCAGUGUCUGGCUCAUCUCCUGUAAUGAAGCUGACGUCGUCUGGUAACGUGAUGCUGGUCACCUUCUCCUUCAGCAGACAGAGAGAUGGAGCCAUCUUCAAGGCCUACUUCCAGGCCAUUCCCAAAGCAGGUUGUGGAGGCUCUCUGUCCUCCUGGAAUGGCACUCUGUCCUCUCCGUACUACCCUGCCCACUAUCCCCCAAACAUCGACUGCAGCUGGACCAUACGGGCGCCGUUGCCUGGAUACCUGAUCUCCAUGACAAUUGUGACGUUGAAUAUCCAGGACUCUUCGUCUUCGGACGGCUGUGAGAAAGACUGGCUGGACAUUGGAGGGCUGUGUAACCCCAUGACUGACAGCAGCAGAAAGAAAACCUACUCCUCUCCCGUCUCUCUACACUUCCACUCUGAUGAGUCUGUCACUCACAAGGGCUUCUACCUUCUCUACAGAGCCUUCUCCCCUGAGAGCAUGUGUCCUCGCCAGUUCCGCUGUGGGGAUGGGAGGUGUGUUCCUCUCAGGAAGGUGUGUGACGGAGUCAGAGACUGUUCAGAUGGACGGGACGAGGCUAAAUGCUCGACCUGUCGUCCAGGUGAGGUGUAUUGUAGGAACGGUCAGUGCCGGCCUCACAGCAGCCAAUGUAACAGCCAGAGUAAAUGUGGAGAUAGCAGCGAGGAGGCCGACUGUGCAGGUCACUGCUACCACAUGUGCCACAACAAGGUGUGUGUCUCCAAGUCCUCCGUUUGUGAUGGUGUCAUAGACUGCAAGGACCGCAGUGAUGAGAUCAACUGCACUAAAGCAUUCCAUAAGGGCUGCUCUCCAUCCUCCUAUAAGUGUGCCAAUGGGAAGUGUGUGAAUAAGAUCAACCCAGAGUGUGACGGCAUCAAAGACUGUUCUGAUGGAUCAGACGAGACGCGCUGCGGUUGUGGCACCCGGCCCAGGAAGCGUGCUAAGAUAGUGGGCGGGUCUGAUGCAACGUGGCAGGUCAGUCUACAGAUGGAGCGCUAUGGGCAUGUGUGUGGAGCGACCCUGGUCACCAGCCGCUGGCUCAUCUCUUGUGCCUGUGUACUUCAAUAUGUGUCCCUGCAUGGCUGUGUGUGUAGGUACUCUGAUGCGCGGUCUUGGCGUGCCUACAUGGGCGUGCGUGUGAUGAACACGGCCAGCAACGCUGCAGCCACCAGACAGAUCCGUCGUAUCAUCCUCCACUCCCAGUACGACCAGUUUACCUCUGACUACGACAUCGCCCUGCUGGAGCUCAGCACCCCUGUCUACUUCAAUGACUUGGUACAGCCCGUCUGUGUCCCCGCCUCUUCCCACGCCUUCACCACCGGGACUAGCUGCCACGUCACGGGCUGGGGGGUCCUGAUGGAGGAUGGUGAGCUGGCAUCUCUGCUGCAGGAGGCCACAGUGAAGAUCAUCAACAGGAACAACUGUAACAAGCUAUAUGAGGACGCUGUCACUCCCAGGAUGCUGUGUGCUGGCAACCUGCAGGAGGGAGUGGAUGCCUGUCAGAGAGGGUCGGUGGUUCCUGGCGGGGAUCGUGAGCUGGGGAGGGGGUGCGCUCGGCAGAACCGCCCUGGAGUCUACACACAGGUCACCAAGUUCACGGACUGGAUCCACCUGCAGACUAAAGGACAGGUCUGA